UAAUAUAUACAUACAUUUUUGUUGUGUUUACCUGCUUGUGACGAUAAUAGUCGAAUAUGGAGGAAGAUUAUGACGACGAGGAGGAGAUUCUCCUUCCCGUGGAGAAGCAGUUUCACGAGGCUGCGAGGACAGGGGACCUCGCGCUGGUAGACUCCCUGAUCGCACAGAAGAUCAAUGUCAACUGCAUGGAUGAGCGUGAUCGUACAGCAUUACAUCUAGCAGCAGCUCAAGGCCAUACUGAUGUCAUUGAAUCACUAACGGAUGCUGAUGCUAAAAUAGAAGUACCAGAUAAGUUCGGAAUGAACGCCCUCUUGUGGGCGACGUGGUUUGGGAAGCACGAAUCCAUGAAGUCUCUCGUGAGAUCAGGCGCCAAUGUCAAGGCAGAAAAUAAGCAAGGAAUGACGAUCGUCCACUGUGCUGCAUCCCGAGGACAUCGUAAUGUCUUGGAGUACAUCGUACGGGAACUCCUCGAUGAGGACCCAAUGGAUAGUGACUACGAAGAGGACGAAAGCGGAGGGGGCAUCUCUCUCAAUGCUGUGUCCGGCAAGAUGACUGGGUUGUUUAGUGCAGCCGGCAACAUGAUGGGCAACAUUGGCAACCUGGCGACGGGCAAAAAGGGAGAAGAGAAGAAGAAGACGAGAAGUGUGGACUCCUUCGUUGAAAAGAAAACAGACAAGGCAGAUGGUGGGAAGUCUCCCCUUCACGUGGCGGCAGAGCACGGACAAGUCUCGGCGCUAGAGUACCUGGCCAAAGUAAAGUGCAACAAAUUCGCCAGAACAGGCGACGGUUCUACAUCGCUCCAUCUCGCGGCGGGAAAUGGACAUGUUGAUAUGGUUUCCAAGCUACUCGAGUAUGAACUUGAUAUCAACAUCAGAAAUGAGGAAGGGAAAACGCCAUUGCUGAUGGCUGCUGAAUCCGGUCAUGCUAGUAUCGUCGAGCUAUUACUAUCCAAGGGAGCCGAUGGCAACGCUCAAGCAAACGAGAGAGCGAAAAGCAUGUCGGCGGCCCAUCUGGCAGCGAAGAAUGACCACCCUUCAGUUAUCAAAGUACUUGCGUCGAAUAAGUGUAAUCUCAAUAGUAAAGGGAUGCAUGGGAACACUCCUCUACAUGUUGCCUCCACGCUGGGUCACAUAGAGAGCGUCAAAACCCUUCUUUCAUGUCGGUGUAAAGUCAACGUAAUCAAUGACAAAAGAAGAUCGGCUCUUCACGAGGCGACUGAGAAUGGAUUGGCAGAUAUUGUGGAACUUCUUCUUGUAGCUGGCAUCAAUGUACAAAUCCAAGAUAAGAAUGGAAAGACUGCUUUAUCAAUGGCGGCCAGAGCAGAUAAUAUCACCAUUGUCGAUAUGAUUAUUAAGGCGGACAGGUACUUCAUAAAGCACAAGAGGAGACCAGGGGCGAUCCCCGAUCUGAACGUCCUCCAGUUCCGCAAAGAGGACCCCGACAUCGCGGAGGUCAUGCGUCCUAUCUGCUACAAACUUGCCCAUAAACAACUCGCUAAGGAUGACUGCAAGCGACUCUUCUACUACUGGGGUUUUAAACCUGAACACAUAACAGCCAUCGAAACACAAGAAACAGGUAAGCACUCAUGGAAGGAACAUGGGUACCGAAUGAUGUUGAUUUGGUUACAUGGUCUCGAGGAUAACCCUAUUAAGGAACUCUACGAAGGGCUUACCAACAUAGACUGCAAUAAAUUGGCUGAACAAAUUCGGGCCAAAGAGAAUAAAAGAGCAGAGGCAAAUGGAUCCAAUUGUGUGCUUUCUUGACCACUCAAUGAAGGACAUUUUCUGAUUUCAUUGUGGCGCCCGGGCUAUCAUAAUUGUGAUCUUUGGCGUCAAAUGAAUAACUUACUGAUGAAAGAAUUGGAAGCGAAUGUCAGCAGUAAAAGUUGAUUAGAUGAGGUUCUUUACCCAGAUAUUUCAAGGAAGUGGAAACUUCGAGAGAGGCACGUGAAACGGUACUUCGAAUACAAUACACCAACUACCAUGACUCCUGGCAAAGCUUUCAUGAAAUCAUCAUGUUCGUCAUGAUUUCCGUAAAGUCGUUGGUGUUUGGGAAGAAUAUGGUGAUUUUAAACGAUUAAAAAAAGAACAUACUGUAUACAUUAAUAUUCACCUGAAUAUGAUAUCACGUGUGAAUAAUGCAGUAUUACGGGCUUCAGGAAAUUAAUGCAUAUAACCCACAGUACUGUGUCAGAAUGUGUCAACCGUUAUUCAUUUUAAUAUUUAAUUGCUGAUACGUUAAUGUAUUUAUUUAGGUAUUUCUAGAAGAAUAGAGUAAAGUUAUGCUUGUUCACUAGUUAUGUACUCUAAAAAAAAAAGUAGGGCCUACUAAAUCAGAACUUUAGGGGUUUAUUCAGUGACUGCACUUCCAGGGCUCCGUAACACAAAGAUUAGCAAUCAAUAGCUAAAUGAAAUGACCAAUCAAUAUCAAUGUCACACGCGCAUUCGGUUUAAGAUGCUGACCAGGGACCAAUCAGUGCGCUUCUCUCAUAUUUGCAAUCCAUCGCAAACCUUUGUGUUACGGAGCCCUGGUGUUGAUUUGAUUUGCAGCACCGCGGGUGCUAAAACAGCAUAUGUGACGUGCUAUGUUUGAACACCCAAGGUGCUGUUUUAUCACUUUAGAAUCUCAAGUGCUGAAAAUCACCAACGGACGUGCAGUCAAGAUAUACGAGUUCCCUAAGAUGCUGAAUUAGCACUUUUUGAAAAGAGUGUAUACAAACAAAAGAAAGAUAUGAGAAGUUUGGGUCGACAACCUGAGACAAAAGUGGUCUUCAAUAUAAAAGAAGGAUCUGUCUCUUCAGAAUCCAGUGGGAAAUCAAUCUUCUGCGCAGAUCCACCAUCGCGACCGUCUCUUUCUUUAUUACGUCACUAUCCAAGAGGAAGGCGCGGAUUGAGUUGCACUAUCUUAUUAGACGACUCCUGGCGUCCGUUGCAGAAAGAGUUGCGUUUAAACGAAAGUCAAAGAAAUCAAUCGCAAGUCCCAAAUGCGCGCU